UUUUUAUGCGUUUUAGUACUUUUAAUUAAGAGUUUGAUAAAAAUCAAAGAAAACAAAAAGUAAACUCUUGUAUAAGAAAGAGAGGAGAGUUUUAGGGAAUAAUAGUUUACAAUCAUGCAUUAAGUUGAUUGUAAUACAUAAGCAAAUGUAGGUCAAGGGUAAAGUAAAGAUGGAGACAGUGGAUGUAUUUAAUGCUGUGCAAAAUCGAAAGGGAAUAGGGAUUGGAGACCUAAUCCAAAAUUAGAAACAUAUUAUAAAUUAGGAUCUUUAAUACCUCAAGUCAUACUAUGUAGCAUCUUCAUAUAUAUUUACUAUAGCAUUCUAUCCAAUUAUAUUGUGCCUCUUAUGCUGGGAGAUUAUAAGUUAGAAAAUUUUAAUGAGGAAGGUUUGUAAAAGCUAUUUAUGUAAAUGAAUUCUUCUCAUAAUAAAGAUAAUAUUGAUUUCAGUAAUUCCAUAUUGAUUUAAAUCCUUGCUUUCCAAGAGAAGUUUUAUCACUUCUUUUUAGACGAUGCUGAUUUAAAAGAUAGCUAAAUUAAAGGAACUGUUAUAUUCAUUAUUUUGCAUAUAUUACUCAUUUUUGAACUUUGGUCUUUAUAUAAAACUUCUACAACUCCUCCUGGAAAUGUUAAAAGUUCAAUAAAAUGGCAAGAAGAAAUAAGAUAAUUCUAGGAUAACCUAAGAGAAUAAGAAUUGGGUUUUUUGUAAAUGUUUGAGCAAAAAUAUUCAAUGAUGUAUUUAAAAAAUUAAAGAUAUUCAAAAAUCAUUCCAGUUCAUGAAUCUGAUUUGGAACACAAUGCCCAUCCAAACUAAGAAUAUAAGAUGGUAUUUAGCGAAAAGAAUGACUCGGAUAACGAGGCUUAGGAUAUGAUAGAUGAUUAAGAAGAUUAAAAUUUAAUAAAAGUUGAUGAGAAAAUGGAACAAUAACCUGAUGUAGUCUAGACAGCAAGCUAAGAAUAAUUAGAGGAAAAUAAAGAAAAAGAAAGCUAAAACCAGGAAAGGAAAUCUACUAAGCAGUAGUAAAUUAAUCAGUAAUAAGCUGGAUAUCAGCCUUAAGUAAGAAAAAUUGAUGUUAUGAGUAUACACAGUGAGUCAGAAGUUGUUUAUGACGACAAAGAUGAAAGGCAAGAAGAUGUUGAAUUCCUUUAAUAAGGAAGAAGAGAUUAAGAAUUAGGGGAUGUGCCUCUAGGUUAAUAUUAUGGAAUUCAUGACUAAGAAGAAUACGAUAGACUUCUUCAAUAGUUGUAUAAAAUGCAUAUAGAAUAAGAAAUAGAUAAAAAAAACUAUCGUCCUUGUAAAAAGUGUUACCAAGUAAUAAAACCUGUUAGAACUCAUCACUGUACAUAAUGUAAAGAAUGCAUAUUAAAAAUGGAUCACCAUUGCUAAUGGGUAGAUAAUUGCAUAGGAUACUAUAAUUAUAAAUAUUUUAUAAAUAUGCUGUGCUUUUCAACUAUUAUAUUAUUCUUUUGCUCAUUCACAUAUUUAUAGUGUUACCUUGAUGCAUGUGUAACGGAAAAUCUAUCAGAUUGGAAUAUGUUUAAAAUAGCUCUUUCAUUCUUUUUUAUAGUUACAAUGAAUUUCUUCAUCUGUUGCUUUACUUUUUUCCAUAUUUGGUUAAUCAUUUAAAAUAAAACAACAAUAGAAUUCUGUGAAAAGAAAUCUGAUUCUUCUAAAUACGAUAUUGGAUUGAUAUAAAAUCUUAGAGAAGUAUUUGGAAGAAAUAUGCUAACAAUGUGUAUUCCAACUUAACCUUAAUUAGAAGGGGAUGGAGCAUAUUUUAGAACAAAAGAAUAGAUUUGA